CUGGUCUUCCAGAAAAAAAAAAAAAAAAUUAAAAAAAAAAUCAUCGUGUUCAGUGAUACGGCGUCGUGUUGAAGGAGAUCGAAUCUAACUGCACGGGAUAAAGAAUCUGAAAACACACGCAGCGUCUACGAUGGAGUAGUACGGGAGGUAGCCCAAUAGAAUAGAUAGAAAAAGCAAACAAAUAAUUAAAUAAAUAAAAUCACAAAAAUCAGAUAGGCAUGGCUAUAUCAUCGAAAACUUUGCCGCCGGCGAAGGGCGUGGUGGUAACAGUUCCGAUGCUGGUACUGGCGUUGUCGGCGGCCGCCAUAUUCUUCUUCUUCCUUUUGUCGUCUCUCUCCACCUGCUCUUGCCCUCCCGGAGGUGUUUCCCGAGUCCCUACCCCCGCCGGCCCCGGCGCUGGCGCUGGUGGAACUGCCCAAGUUUCAGUAGGCCAGCCCAUAUCGACUAGCCGAGAGGAUGUCGAAUGGUUGAAGGAUCAGAUCCGACUUAAUGGGCUGCAUAUGCAAGACAAUGUGCUCCGUAAGGGCAUUAACCCUCGUACCAGAGCCCAGCAGCUCCAAGAUCUAUUAGAUUUCAAGGGUAUAUCACACUAUGAAGGACUUGGAUCAGAUAAUCACACUGCCCUCCCUUGCCCUGGUGAGCUCCUUGUUGAAGAGCAUCAUAGCAACUAUGGUGAGCCUUGGGCUGGGGGACGGGAUGUGUUUGAAUUCCUUGCUGAGUUUAUCCACCUCACACCUGACUCUCAUGUCCUUGAGAUUGGUUGUGGCACCCUUCGAGUUGGUUUGCAUUUUAUCCGUCAUCUUAAUCCUGAACACUUCCACUGUCUUGAAAGAGACGAGCUGUCACUGAUGGCCGCAUUGAGGUAUGAACUUCCAUCCCAAGGUCUGUUGAACAAGCGCCCUUUGAUUGUGAAAGGUGAAGACAUGGACUUCACUAAGUUUGGUUCUGGUGUUAUGUAUGAUUUGAUAUAUGCUAGCGCUGUGUUCCUUCAUAUGCCUGAUAAGCUUGUGUGGGUUGGUCUUGAGAGAUUAGCUAACAAAUUGAAACCCCUUGAUGGGCGAAUCUUUGUGUCGCAUAACAUUAAGUUCUGUUCACGGUUGGGAGGAGAAGAGUGUACCAAGCGGCUCAAGAGUUUGGGGCUUGAGUAUCUUGGAAAGCAUACGCAUGAUAGUUUACUUUUUAAUCACUAUGAGAUAUGGUUUGAAUUUAGGCGGUUCAAAGAUUAAAAUUCUUUUGAUUCAUUCAGUUGGGUUUUGUUGUUCGCUAUUUAGAAGAACAAAGUGAAGCUGCCGAUGGCUAAUGUGCUCUUUUAUCAUAUCGCCUCUGAUAACUUCUCGACAUUGUCAAGAAGGUUAAGUCUGCAACUCCCUGUCGAUAAUUUUAUUUGAAAGAGAGGCGGAUGAUUAGUGCACGGUUCUUCUCUCUUGGAUCAUCUAUUUGUGCAGAAGGCUUAGACCUGCUUUCUUUCUCAUUUUGUAACUCUAGUAGGAAAAAAAUUACGUAUAAGCUUCUGAUUAUUUAACGUUGAGUGUAGAAUUUUUUUUUUUUUUGUUCUUCCCUCGUGUACCGUCAUGUUAUGUGAUCACGAUAUUGAACUUUCAAGCCUUUGGCUUCCUAAUGUGCAUGCUCUUCAUUGAAAUGUCAUUUUGAUUCGAUUAGUUAAUUAUAGAUAACAGAAAGAUCAAGGUUUUUCUGCA